UGGCUAUUUAAAAACUACGUAGGUAAAUGUCUUUGUGAAUCAGGAAGGGUCUUCGUCACUUUCUUAAGAAGUCUAAGCACCUUUCCCCUCGGUUUUCAAGGCAUUUUGGUCCUUUCAGGUUCCAUGUUAUACCAGCCAAAUUUUUCGGAGGGUGAUAAACAAGCUUUAUAUAGAUAUGGAUCAAGAAAAUCAUCCUGAAGAAGAGAAGAAAGAGACUAAGCAAAGUAAAUUUAAUAAGCUUCAAGAGCAAGUUGAUGAAAGCAUCCGUGAACAGUGGGCUGAGGAACAAAAUCAGCUUAAAGAAAGCCUUAUCGAGGAAGAUAAAUUCGAAUGGUACAUUCCUCAUAAAGAUGAUGGCCCUUAUAAUGAGGAGAAAGAAAAUGAAGGACUUGAGCCAUUAGAAUUCAUUGGAGCAGUUGAUAUUAGCUACUCCAAAACGGAUAGCCAAAAAGCAUGUGCAGCCCUUGUAGUCCUCUCAUAUCCAUCAUUUGAUGUGCUAUAUGAGGAUUAUGAGAUAGAUACCACUGAAUAUCCUUACAUCCCAGGAUUUUUGGCUUUCAAAGAGAUUCCCUCUUUGACAAUUUUAUUCAAUAGACUUAAGGAGAAAUCUCCUGAGUUCUGGCCCCAAGUCCUUCUUGUAGAUGGAAAUGGAAUUCUACAUAAUAGAGGAUUUGGAGCCGCCAGCCACAUUGGGGUUGUCAUGGACAUCCCUUCCAUUGGAGUUGGCAAAACUGUAUUCGCAGUUGACGGAAUUACUCAGAAAGGAGUCAAGGAAAUGAGCCAAGAAAAGCUUCUCAAAGGAGGGGAUCUCGAGUAUCUCACUGGAAAGAGUGGGAAGCAUUGGGGAGCAGCUCUCAGAUCUACUGAUGAAAGCAAGAACCCUAUAAUUAUCUCAGUUGGGCAUAGAAUUUGCCUAGAUACAGCCAUUGCUGUUGUCAGAGCUUGCAUAACUAAAUACAGAAUCCCAGAGCCAAUCAGGCAAGCAGACAAAAGGAGUAGAGUUUGGGUUCAAAAGACUUAUGACAACUUUGACCAACAUCAUAAAAAGAAGAAAGGCGUUGCUAAAAAGAAAGAUGACCCAUCUCCUGAGGAUUAA